ACUAAAUGAAAUUAACCAAGAAACCCUCCCCAUCAUAAUUUACCAAACUCUUCAAAUUCACUAAUUAAUUUUGGCCUUUCACCUUAGCCUGCAGGCCACAAGGUCGUGGAUCAGAAUGUCGCUGGUUCUGCCAGUCGCAGCGACUGUGAACUGUGCGGACAACACCGGCGCUAAGAAUCUCCACAUUAUUUCGGUGAAGGGAAUCAAGGGCCGGUUGAAUCGGUUGCCUUCGGCGUGUGUUGGGGACAUGGUGAUGGCUACUGUGAAGAAAGGGAAGCCUGAUCUCCGUAAGAAGGUCAUGCCCGCAGUCAUUGUUCGCCAGCGCAAGCCAUGGCGCCGAAAGGAUGGCGUGUACGUGUACUUUGAAGAUAAUGCGGGUGUUAUCGUGAAUCCUAAAGGUGAAAUGAAAGGUUCUGCAAUGACUGGUCCAAUUGGUAAGAAGUGUGCUGAUUUAUGGCCAAGGAUCGCUAGUGCCGCCAAUGCAAUUGUCUAAGGGUAGUAGGUACGGUAUGCACAUAUAAAUUAUAGGUCACCAUUCAUGAGAAUUUCAGGGUAACAUGUUCAGUCAUUUGGAUAUGGCAGGCUUCAGCUCCUGUCUGCGUGUGUUGGUCUUGAUUUUAUUUUCUUUGAUCAUGGCUGCGAACCAUUUGAAAUAUUUAAAAUUUGUUUUGUA